AUGGGGAAGAAGGGGAAGAUGGAGGUGGAGGUGGAGGUGAAGUCGUCGGCGGAGAGGUUCUGGUCGGCCAUUGCAGAGUCGACGGAGCUGUUCCCGAAGGCCCUGCCGCAGCAGUUCAAGAGCAUCCGCACCCUCGAAGGAGACGGCAAGAGCCCCGGAUCCCUCAGGCUCAUCCAAUACGCCCCAGGUUUUGGAAAACUCCCGCCCACCAACCCACAACAAAACCCUGACCCCCCUCCUUCCUCCCGAGUUUCACAUGUUUCUGUUUCACCAGGAAAACUUGCACCCUCCUCCCUCCCUUCUCUCUCUCUCUCUCUCUCGGCUAUUGGGAAAAAAUGCGAAGACAUCUAUUGCUGUUCCAUGCAAAAGCCUGUUAAACCACUUCAUCUCUCUCUCUCUCUCUCUGGCUAGUCUCAUGGGAGUGAAUAUGAAGACGUCUCUGGUGCUGCAUCCAUGAACGCGUUAACCCACUUCAUCUCUCCCUCUCUCUCUCUAUUAUUUCUCUCUCAUAUCUGGCAGGGACCCCAGUCGUCACCUUCACCAAGGAGAGGAUCGAGACAAUGGACGAGGCGGGGAAGACGGUGAGCUACAGCGUCGUCGGGGGAGAGAUGGCGAGUUUCUACAGCACCUUCAAAGCGACCCUCCGAGUGGCAGCGGCCAAGAAAGAUGAUGAAGAAGAAGAAGGCGCCCUCGUCACAUGGGCCGUCGAGUACGAGGAGAAGGCGCCCCACGAGGCCCUCGACCCCGCCCUCUUCACCCACGCUGCCGCCCAGACCUUCCGCGAGCUCGACGCCUACCUUCUCAAGAACUAG